AUGGCGAAUAGUACUUCUACAACAACAACAACUACUACUACUACGACGCUGCCACAGACUGGCACCAGUCUUCGCCACGUCUUGUUACCACAGACCCAGCUGCUGUCGACAUGGAUGACCAGUCUGCGAGAUCAAAAAACCGACAAUAAGCGGUUUGUCGAGGUGGCUCAAAAGGUGGCUGCCCAGCUCAUGGUGCACGCCUUGGAGUUCGUUCCGACCACGGACCGCGAGGUCUGGACUCCCACGUCUCACCCCUACCCAGGAUGUACAUACACGCAAAAGCUCUGUGGCGUGAGCAUCUGGAGAGCCGGGGCUUCACUGGAGGACGCGUUGCGUCAAGCAUACGAUGGACCUCUCAGCUUCGGAAAGAUUUUAAUCCAGCGAGACGAGAAGACGGCGAGACCGACGUACCUGUACUCCAAAUUUCCGAGCAGCAUCCAGGAGAGUUACGUCUUCAUUUUGGAACCGAUGCUUGCCACAGGCGGGUCUAUCUGUAAAGCAGUCCAGCUCGUACUGGAUCAGGGAACGCCGGAGGACCGCAUAGUCGUCGUCAGCAUUAUGGCUUCACGGACGGCACUGAACAACAUGGGAGCUAGCUUUCCCUCUGUUGCUGUGGUCACCGCUUCUAUCGAUCAAAACCUGAGCCCUGAACGGUACAUCGUUCCUGGUCUGGGGGAUUUUGGAGAUCGAUUCUAUGGGACGUAA